AUGUUCACCCUCCUGAGUCCCCAACUCGUGGUCUACGUCCUAGCAGCAGUGCUCGCCUGGUCCCUCGCCUGGUCAGUGGUGUAUAAGCUCACAGGUGUUUACCUAGGCUCUAUCUGGUUCAACAAUGGUGUUCUGUUCAACAACAUCCACAUCCACACAAAAGGAGCCGAGUUGAAGUUCGAGUCCCUACGGUUUAGAAUGUGGGGGAAUUCCAAACGCCUCAUCAUCAGUGGCAUGAAUCUCACCCUUCACCAGAAACAUACCCCAGAGUCUACCAGGCCAAUAAAACCACAUCGUCCGUUCAGCCUCUCGAUGUUCCCCAGCAACUUCGUGGGCAAAUUCCUCGUCAAAGCGGGUCUCAAAGUCAUCCCAAACUUCAGCAUUGAGUGGAAGCGAUCGGUGGUGAAGUAUGGAGAUAAAGUCACUGCUGUUCAGUAUGUGAGGCUCGACUCAGGUUCACGGUAUUCUACGAAGAACACCAACAAUUUGAAGGUGGCUAUUGGUCUUGUCAUCAACGACUUGAGAACUUCGAGUACGCACCAGGCUCACACCAUCCACCCGUUGCUUUCAACCCAUACGGCCAAAUUGACCACCAAAUUCUCCAUAAACACCACAACUGGAGAAAUCCACCUGAUUCAUGUCAAGACCUUGAUGGACGACUUGCGGGUGCUGGUGUUCAAGUUUAUCAAGUUGUAUCUCACGGAUAUUGAAACUAGAAUCGACAAACUUGGUGGUGCAGAUGCCAAAGACGUGGACCCUGCAGUGCAAGAAGCUGAAGCACAACGAAAAGCAAGACGAUUGGAGCGGCUAGUGGGCAUAUUCAAAGUGGUGUACGAAGCCAUUAAUGAAAUUUCGGUGGUGGCCCAGAACUUGAAUGUUUUUGAGAUCCCCUUCAUCACCACCGACUGCAACGAGCUGUUUAAAGCGUAUUUGCAGCAAGAAUAUCCCAUCACCGCAUUGGAGUUGAAGACCAAGUCGAUACACUUGCAUCUCCAGAAGUUGUCGAAAACCUCGGCUGGAUUCCACGCUUUGUUUGAGUCUGCUGACGAUAAGCCCAUAAAUAUUUCCAAUUCGGUCCAGCUUUUGACAGUGAACUUCGCAAAGUGGAAAAACAUCAACGGUUCAUUCCACAAGAACCAGGUGGAAGUGUUGAACAUCCCCACGUAUUCUCUUAGCUGCAAGGCCAACUACUUUGACAAGUUGAUCCGCGGAGAAGGCUUUCAAAAUUGUAUUGCCGAGUUGUUCUGGACGUGCUCCAAUCCGAUCUUGGACCUCGACUCUCCCUUUCUUACUUCCCUUCUACACAACAUUGUGAUCCUCAGGAAGCUCAUGAAGUUCAAGUCGCUCCAGCGGCAAUAUAAGCUUUUGGUGUCAUCAAGCUAUCUGACAGAUGAUGAUAUUGACGACACUCAGCAAGACUAUUAUGACUUUGACGAGACGUUGAUAGACAUGCCUGAGAAAGGGUUCCAAGGUUCCAAGACUCCACUCAAAGACAAACUAUGGCGGUACCUCCAGGAAUACUAUCCGAAACUUGAUGUCAAGUUCAUCAUUGAACAACCAAGACUCGUUGUUCGGCAUACAUCUACCACUUCGAUCGAUAUAUUGGACUUUUCCUAUUCCUCGCUCAACUUUCUGGUCAUUACCACCAAAACCAGAGAUUACAAUUUGAACUGCCUGGUGUUAGCCCCAGCCAUCUCGUAUGCGCAAAAUUCCAUUCAGGGUGAUUCUCUGGUAAAGUUCGACAUUGUAUCGUUGAAAUCGUUUGUUGCAGACGUUCAGGUGUUGAAAAACUUGAAAUUCAAAUUUGACUUCAACUUUGAGUCUUUCCACAUUGACUUUUCAAAUCUCACUACGCUAGUUGGUAUCAAGACCAUAGUCAACCAGCUAACAAGGUUGAUUGAAAUGGACCUCCAAAGGGGUCAUAUCAACCUCUUUCUAAACUCCCGGAUCUCCAAGUACCGGACUUUUGUGAUGAACUUGGAUCAGGAAAACCCAUCGGAUGUCUAUAAGACAUUGAAGGAAACUUUGUUCAACUAUCUCCCUGCGUGGUUUGUUGAGUUGAACGUCGUGGCGGACGACGUGGACUUCAAGUUUGGGUCCAGGUCCGUAUUGAUUCCAAAAGAGAAGCUUUCAGAGAUGUUGCAGGAAUACGACUUGAAAGAUUUCCUCGAAUCAGACUCUUCUUGUGAGCUAAGAUGUUUCCGAAUCCAACUAGGCAUUCUUAGGUUUGGAUUUGAGAACAAUUGCAACCCGCACUUGGAUCUAUCAACUUCGAGUCUCAGCUCCGCUUCACUGGACACAUUGACAUCGAAACAAGACCAAAGCAUCAGCUACUGGGGUAAUAACCUCGAAAUAAAGGAUUUUGUGCUAAGUGCAAUGAGUGACUUUAGUGGGCCUAGACAUUAUGGGCAAUGCAUAGCGAUUCCCAAUGUCUCCAUUGAUGUUGGCUGCAAAAAAAUCCAGGCCAAAGAGAAUUUGAAUGUCUCGAUAAACCUCAACAAAAUCGAAGGAAAGGUGGACCACUUCAAGUGUUUCACCAUCAUUGGUGCUGGAUACUUGUUGAUGGAACACAUUGUAAGGCCAUUGCAGUCUAUACAGAGCAAGUUGAAGAAGGAUGCUGGUUCAAUAUCUGAGAAACCUUCCAAGUCCAACUUCAAGUCUCUUAAGGAUUGUAUCACCAUAUCUUCGAAGAUCAAGCGGACAGAUUUGUCUGUGACGUUGAGUGGUGAUUAUAAAGUGAGAUUGGAUUCUUAUGAAACCAGGAUAAGUUUGGCAGACGAUACCAUUUCUAUCUAUGAUAAGUAUUUCAGAGUGUUGAUCAGCUCUCCUACUGUUGAGGACCACUGGUGCAGACUCAUAUGUACCGAUGAUUUCCAAUUCCAUGUCAACCUACAUGAUAUUCGGAACCUUUAUGUCAACACCAGCUUAAUCAAAAUUGCUCAUCCCCAUGGCCAUAUUGCCUAUAAACUUUUUGAUAAUAUUUCAAUCACUUUAAAAGUCCUCAAGCACUCUAUCCGGGCUUUCAAUAGCGGAGAUGCUGAAAAAGACAACGAUUUCACGGUGGUUCAUCCUUCUGAGUCUAGACCAAAGGAGUUCCCUAAUAUCAACUUCAAGACCAAUAAGUUGAUGUUCAACAUGGAAGAUGAUCCUUUCGAAAGCGAGCUUGGUAUGAUCUUUCAACUUGGAAAGGUCGAGCAGCUAAAGAGAAUAGAACUCUACAGUUUGUUUCAAGCAAAGACACAGAACCUCCAAAGCACCGAAAAGCACGACGAGAUCAAAAGCAUCGAAGACAUUAAUGACGAAAAUGAUCUCCCUGGAAAGUUGGAUGACUUGAACGAAAUAAUCUCCGUGUCUUGGAUAAGAAAGGUCAAGAGGUACAAGACCAUGUUGAAUGAUGAGUUGGUGAAGAACAAAAAGUUUUUGUUCGGAAAUGAAGCCAAAUUGGAUUCCCGAUUCCAGUCGAAGAUCCUCCCUUAUUCUCUUCAUGCACCAUUGUUGUCUAUCGUUAUUGAUAGCUUGAACAUGGUUAUCUCGAAACCCACGUUCGAUUUGGAAACCCUUCCCAAAUUUCUUCAUGAUUUAGGACAAGGUCUUCCUUUCGAUACCAGGUACUCGUUAAUACUCCCGAUGUAUCUUGACUUGAGAAUGAGAGAACUCAGGAUCCAUUUGAGAGAUUACCCGUUGCCGUUAUUGUAUGUUUCGAACUCGAAGGCAGAACUGGCUUCUGCCGUCAAAAUGUAUGGUGACCUUGUGAUUUCCGAGUCUCUUGUCACUGAAGAACACAACAUAAGAAAACUUAUGGUGGACCUCACCAGAAACCUUAAGAAGUUCCAGUUUAGUGAAUACUACCGGUUGGAGAUUGAGAAGACCAUGGCUACUGUCAAGAUCUUUACUGAUAUGAAGAUUGAGUUCUCCACUAAAUUACCAUCAAGGUUCGUGUGGGGCCAAUCGUACCAAUUUGCCAUUCAACAGGUGAUGCUUAACUUUGAUCUGUUUUCAAAACCACCUCUAGACCCAUCUCCCAAGUUAGGUUUUUGGGACAAGUUAAGGUUGGUGAUUCAUGGAAAGUUCGAUAUCAAGUGUACGAAAGGUCCUUUGGAAGUUGCAUUCAAAGGCUCAAGAGACCCGUACAAUUUGUUUGGGGUGGCUUCUGGAUUCAUUCUAUCUUUCAAAGACAACGUGGUUUGGACGAUUAACCAAAAUGACGAUUCCAGAGACUUUUGUAAUGUGAAGUCCGACAAAAUCUCCUGGUAUAUACCUAACUACCUUGCAUCCGGGUUGGUUUCAUGGACAAGAGAGACAAACAGGUUGACGUACUUGCCAAACAGUAAGAAGUUUAUCACUUCGUGCUAUGCGUACUACCUUGACGAUGAGGAUUACUGUAUUCCCAGAAACAAGGUUAACUCGAACAUUUUUGAGAAGAAAGUUGUUUCUCUCAGUGGGGGAGUUGUGUUCAAAGUGGGAUUUGUGCUUCAAAGGGACGGUGAUGAUGGACAAAGAACGGAAGAAUGUAAGUCUCAUUAUGAUGUCAAGCUCUUCAACCCUCAAUUCACAGAAGAAGGCCAUGAUUCCUAUAAAGAUUUCAGGUCUGACUACAUCAACAUGGCCAUCUCCAUGGAUGCCAAUUUUCUGGAAAGUUACAAUUCUAUCCACCUAAGCCCAAGGGUUUUUAUGCAGUUCUUUGACUGGUGGAAGUUGUUCUCAAGUAACAUGCAAUUGCCCAUCAAGAAAGGGAAGAUCUUUGGAGAAUUAAAGAAGUCAGAGAAGUUCUCCCAGCACUUGGUUUCCAACAGAUUCAAGUUCAACCUCAAGUCCUUGUUCAUUUCUCAUAUCUACAGGGAAGAGAACUCUGAGGAGAUGGAAGACCAGAUCCAAAGCUGUGGUCUCAAGGGAAAAAUGAACUCUUUUGUAGUCGAUUUGCAUCAACGGAAGGAAAAGAGGAUAGCUGUGCACGAAGGAAUUUCCCGUAACAAGAAUAUCAUGAAGAUGACCUUCCAUAUUGCUGAUGUACACUUGAAUGGCAUUGACUUGAGAGUCGUCACCGCUACUUUUGACCAUAAUGCUUAUAAUACUCCAGGAAAUGUGAAGGAGUCCAAGUAUGAUAUCUUCGAUAAUGACGAACAGUGGUUUGACAUUGAGGAUUAUGAAGAAGCAUUCUUGUCGAGUUUGGCAUCGAGUAAACGGCAAAUUUCUGUAUUGCCGUUGAUGUACAGUGAACGUUUUUCAUACUUGCGAGAUACCGAACCAGGAAUUAGGUUCAAGGAAGUGGACCUUUUUGAAUCUGGCAAAGCGAGUUUGGAACGAAUCAAAGACGUUGCAAGAGCCCAGAAAGAUAUUGUAAGUAGCCGGAUCAAACAGUUGAAGGACGAGAUCAAACUCAGGAGAUCCAGGGGUUUAUCAACUAAAGACUUGGUUGGAAGAAUUGACGUUCUUAAAAAGGAGAUGAGCAAAGCAUCUGUGAAUCUUGAUCGAAGACCACUGGUAUCAGACUUUAACACCAAGUUCAGUAACAAGUUUAUCGUCAUGAGAAUGUUGUGGAAAUGGAACGACAAAAACAGAAACAACUUCUUCAAGUACGUUCAUUUUGUUCAAUUGCGGACAUUUUUGAAGAGGUACUUGAGUUUUGAUUCCAUAAGUGCAUUGGAGGAAAUCGUCGAGUACAGUACGGAAGGGUUGGACAGGAAGAGUACCUACUCGAAAUCGGAACAUUCUCCUGGCGAUAAGUUUGCCAAACUAUCAACUGAUGAAAAGUCCGGUAAAAGUCGAGACAGACUCACAAAAUUCGACGAGAUCUUGACUCAGGUGGCCAAAAAUGAAAACCUUGUUGAGGAUUACCUCAUUGAGAUCAUCUCACCUCAGAUCCAGUUGCAGAGCAGUGAAACCCCCGAUUCGGUGAUCAUUGUAUCAUCACCAAUGAUCGAUGCGAAAUUGGUGUCCAUCUACGAUAAAUCCAAGGACAGGCUUCUCUUGGAUAUCGAUGAGUUGGAGAAUAGGCUUGCAGUCAUGAUCAACAACGCUAACGUCUUAGUCUUUGAAAAAAAUCUGGUUGAAGAUAACAAUUCCUUCAUCUUUGACCAAACCUGCUAUGGUUCUACAAGCAGCUGGCCUCCAUGGCUUGGAAUAGAAAUUUGCAACCAGGCCACUUUGGCAGGAAGCAAGAAUGUUCUUUUGGAAGACACCUCGGUAAUGAUCACAUACAUCCAGCUGAAGCCCACGGGUGCUAAGUUUGCCCAUGACAGUGAAGGAGAUGAUCUCAGUAAGGUGAGCACCAAUACUUCUAAAUACUUUGAUCUACCAGGCUCAAAGAAGGAAAACAUCCAAAAUAAAUUGCAUGUGGACAUCCCCACCGUGAACAUCACCUCAACUUCAGCUCAGUACUUUUCUUUGUACUCGAUAAUCACCAACUUGUUACUAUACACCGAACCCAGCAACAAGCAGUUCAACGAUAAGUUAGAGAAACUCAAGUUCUCCAUCAACUUUCAAGAUCUAGCGGCAUUGUAUGACAGAAUCAAAGCAUUACAUUUGCAGAACGGGAUUCUUAAUCUAAUGAGCAACAACUAUAACUUUCGGCAAGACACUCUCGACAACGAGAGUCUUAAUGACUUUAUAACCUUGAAAACGAUCCAGCAGGAAAUUUCCAAUGAGCUUUACUUGCUACUUCAUUCUAUGUUAACAGGAAACUCCCAUGUCAAAGAUUCCAGUAAAUCACCCAAAGCUGAAUGGAUCAUCAACGCAGAUGAGUUGAUCCUUCACAUGUUGGAAGACGACCGCACACCUAUUCUUGAUAUUGCCAUGGCCACAGGAAAGUUUACUCGAAUCGUCAACGAAGAUGAUUCGAACAUCAACCGCAUUGAGAUAUCCAUGAUCCAAGGAUUCAACCUAUUACGAGGAGCCAUCUUCCCUGCGUUCAUAGAACCUAUGGAUCACAAGGAUGAGCUCCAGAACCUACUUACGGUGGACUGGUCGAUGUACUCAAAUGUUGGUGGAAUCAGGCUAAUUGAGAACUUUGAAGUCAAUGCUCAGCCGUUGAGUGUCCGUAUGGACAAAAUAACUGGUGAUAAAUUGAUGCAUUUCUUGUUCAAGACUGAAUUGGCCGACCUAACGGAUCUUGGUGAUAAUCCUAUGGCCAGACAUGAAGCAGAAGUCACAAAUGAUUUAGAUUUCAACGGAAAGGCCUCCAAUGGAGAUGAGAAGAGUAAAGUGAAUUUUGAUACUAGCUCAAGCCAAUCAGACCCAAGCGAUUCAGAGUCCUCAACAAAUCCUGACCAGCUUACCAUUGGGUCUCCCUCAAAGAGGGUUACAAACAGAAGUUCACAUCUUUUCCCCAAGUCGUUCACGCAGUCAUCUGGUUCUGAACAGCAGUACGAUGAACAAUUGGACGUCAUGGUUAACCGGUCGAAAAACUAUGUCAGUGUCAACAGUUUGAAGGUCAAUCCUGUGUCACUUCUGAUUUCCAUCAAGCUUAAAGGAGGGUAUAAGCGAUUGUUGAAUGUAGAGGACUUCAAGUUGGUGUUACCCGAGAUCUUGAUUCAAAAGAAGAUUCUUUCGGUAUUGGAGUUUACGAUGAUUGUAAGGAAGAUUUUGGUCAGGGCUAUUCUCGGGCAUCUUGGAGGAUUGGUGAGAAAUAAGUUCAAACGAUCUAAACGGAAGCCCAUGAAUCUCAUCAACAAACCUUUGAAACCGUUGAAACGGUAUGCCAGGUUCACUUCGGUGACGGAGUUACGAGGGGGCUCGAACGAAGACCCAUAGACUAUGUAUUAUUAAAGCUGUAACAGUAAGAGUAUACAAAAAUUCUAGUAUUAACAGGGUAACCGUCUGUGUUUCUGGUGAGGUUUUAUCGUCAUUCAUUAGAGCAAGUGCUGGCGUGUUUUCAUAUGUGUAUUCUCUUGGGAGUAUCACCAUUCAUCUGUUUCUUCUUUCUCUUGCGCUUAUCUUCAUCCAUCUCCGAGCCGUCAUCUCUUCUCAUGAGAGUUUGUUGGUCACUGAUACCUAAAUCGGCGGUGUUGAAGCCAGGGAUCCCGUUCAAGGGCGUCUUGUCGAAUUCCAACGCCUUAUUGACAAGUUUGCUCUCUAUAGGUUUGAUAAUAUUUGGAAAUUGACUUAACAUCGGGUCCAAGAGCCCAUUCGGUACGGGCUUAGCUUUGGGUAUAUUGUGUUUUCCUGGUAAAUCUUGAAUAUGGUUCUUGUAGGAUUUUCUGAGUUUGACUCCCUUGGAGCCAUCUG